UUUUUAAAUAUUUUUCAGAGCUGAGUUUUUAAUUUAAACCUGAUAUAAUGAUAUCUAUUGUGUCCUACAGUCAUUAUUUAUUAUUGUUGUUGUUGUUGUUGUUGUUUUCAAAGCACAUGUUCUGUUCUAAACUCACUCUGUGUUUUUUAAAAACAUGUAAAAUGGAUUUUCUCAGAAACCAUUUUUCACUCAAUUCUUGUCAUUAUACCCUCGUCUCUGACCGUUUUACACCCCAAGCCUUGUCACUGCUUCCUCCAGCAUGCCUCAAACGCCCCCCCUAACAAUGUACUCUCAACCAAACACGUGCUACCCCCCCACCACAUGUGCUUUCAUCCAACCACACGUGCUCUCACCCUACCAUGUGCUAUUCCUCCUCCCCCCUCCUCCUCCCCCCACAUGUGCUCUCUCUCUUCUUCUUCUCUCUCUCUUUUAAGUGAUUUAUAUAUAAUUCUUGUAUUUCAUAUAGCCUGUUCUGUUCAAACAUCUUUUAAACUAUUCCAUCAGAGUUUUUUGAAUAGUUAAACAUACAUUGUGUUUGUGCUUAAAUAAAGUACAUACAAUUCAUAAAAGUAAUUACAAUUAAUUCUUUUUAUAUAUUCUAGCCAUCCAUGUAGAUAUACGGCACAAGAACAACUUGCUUAUGCAGCUACACAUAGAAAUAUGGAUACAUCAGACUAUGAUUCAGCAGAUGACUUUAUACUUACACAGCGGUCUAAUUCACCCAUGUAUGAACCCUUAACUCCCCUCCCAUCUGAAGAAGAAGAAGAACCUGGACUAGUAGCAAGAGCAGAAGCAGAAGCUCACAGGGCACAGUCCAAACCAAAUACCUCAGCAGGAAGUGUGAAAAGAAAGCAGCUGUUUGAGGUCAAACAAGUACCAGAGGAAGUGCCUGAGAUCCUUAUCACAGAUGAAGAUCUUACAGUCAACCAAGUGGAAUUACCAGAGAUCAUUAUCACAGAUGAUGAUCUUACAGGUAAGCCCAAGGUCUCUGAGAAACAGGGGCAGCCGUCUGCAAAGGGAUGCAAUGGGGAGCCAGGUACCUCUGAAGGAGGAGGGAGAGUGAAAAGAGCUUUGAAAAGAAGACAUCUUGGCCUGCCUCGAGAGAGAGAUAUCUCAGAAGGAGCUCCUCCCAUGAAGAAAUCAAAAAAACAGGAACAUGAGGAAUCGGAACUUGCUGGUGAUGCUGUGCAACAGAGUCCUGACCAAGCCCAGGUGACCAAAUUUGCAAAGGAGCUAAUUGAAGCUGGUGAACAUCUAACUCAGUUGAGCCGUAAGAUAACAGAAAAUGAAAACAUCAUCACAGAGAAGCAGAAAAUUGUCACGAGGUUCAAGCAGUACCAAUCAUACAUAACAGAAUUUCUGGAAGGAGAUGUCAGAAGAUACAAUCUGCCUGGCAUGGCUGACUUUCUGAAAGAUAUUAAAAAUGAACUGAUGUAUCCCUAUAGCAUAACUAGAUGUGCCACACUGUGGGGAGGGGGUAGGACACUAAACUCUGAUACACAAACUGAUUCUGAUUCUGUACAAUCUACAGAAACAGAAGCAGAAACUCUCCCUGAAACACAGAACACUGUUGAUUCAGUUGUGAGUUACCACUCAGACACUGAUGAUGGUGAAGGUGGUGAUGUGUACUUAGACCCUAUCAGGAAUUGGGAAAGGCUCAACAACCGCUACAGAGCCCGUGAAAUGUAUUUUGAAUUUCGUUUUGUGAAUUUACAUAGAGCACGCUCCUAUCAUGAAGCCAUUGCUGGAAUACACACAGCCAUUCAGAGUCUACUAGACACGGUAAAUGGGGUGAUAGGCCCCAAUGAUUAUGUUCAACUCAGAUUACAGGGUGACCGCCUGAAUAAUCCUCUGUUUACGGUCAGAAGAAACAGGAAUGAGUUAAGUGCUGAGGAAUACUUAACAGCCAUUAGCAACUUACUCCAAAGUUAUGCUGAAAUCUUGGGGGAUGAUACUUUAAGGUUAAAUGUCGUAAUAGUAAACCCCCCAGAAGGGGGUGCCCGAAGAUCCAUAAUGACCAUCCCUUAUAGUUCUAUCAUAGAGAGAAAACAACAACAUUUGAUUGAUGCUCAUAUACAGGGUACCAAUCUCUGUUUUGCCGGUGGGGUCCUGACCCUGCUGUCUAAUAGUCCUACACUUGAACAAAUAAUAGUUGAUGCUGAGAAAAUGCACAUGGACCUUGGUUGGUCACCUCAGAAAAAGGUUUCCCUACCUGAUGUGUCAGCUGUUGAACAAUAUUUACAGGUCAAGAUACCCGGUGUUCACUGGAAUGGCACUAAGUGGGGGAUUUUUAAAACUGAUGAGCAAAACUACACAGACACCUGCUACAUGCUGCUGUACAAUGAUCACUAUUAUGGGAUUAAGAAUAUUAGUGGGUUCUUUGGGUCCAGAAACUUUUGUCAGAUAUGUAGUACACCCUAUUCUCACACACAUGAUUGUAUGUACACGUGUCGGCGCUGUUUGAGAAAAGAGUGCCCUAAAAAAGUAGGGAGGAUACACAGGUGCCCCACAUGCAAACUGCAGUGCAGAUCCAAGGCCUGUCUAACCAUACACGAAAAACUUGCAUCAGAGGAAAAGGUAGAUUGCACUCUGAGAAUAUUAUGUUCAAAGUGUGAUCAUUAUGUAGAUUUAAACCAUGAAUCUAAAAUGGUGUGUCAAGGGAAGCAGUGCCGUACGUAUUACUGCUACCUAGGGAAAAUUAAGCAACCUAAACUAUCCAUCAGAUAUGUCUUUUAUGAUUGUGAAUGUAGACAGGAAAGUGGCAUACAUAUACCAAAUCUAAUUGUAGCAAAAGCUUUUAAAGAGGAAACAGUGAAAUCUGUUCCUAAAAAGAAAUGGAAACCAGCUGGUGAGAGUUGGGAAUUUAAGGGGGACACCUGUCUAAAGGACUUUAUUCAGACAUUUACCUCAGACCUGAGUUUCAAGAAAACCCAUUUCAUAUGCCAUAAUUUUUGGGGAUAUGAUGCCUAUCUAAUCCUAGGAGGGAUACUCAAAGAAAAGUUUGAUGUUGAUUUGAUUACUCAAGGUGGCAAUGUCAUUUACCAAUGGCCCUGGUGAAGUUACCCAAAGCCAUGGGCUUCCAAGAGGCUAAAGGAUAUUUUCCCCACUUCUUUAAUACAGAAGAAAAUUGGGAAUAUGUAGGGGAAAUGCCUGACACCAAACAUUAUGGUGUUUACAGCAUGAUGCCCAGUGAAAGGUCAGCAUUCCUGGCUUGGUAUGAACAGAACAAGUCAAACACCUUUGACUUGCAGAAGGAACUGGCCGCUUACUGUCAUCAAGAUGUAAACAUCUUAAUGCAGGCCUGUACAACAUAUAGACAUGAGCUCAUAGAGAUGACCCUCCGAACCAUUCCUGUGUGCAAGGGUAAGAAAUGGGUCUUUGAGUGUGUGGGUAUUGAUCCUUUUCAAUACCUCACCUUGGCUAGUGUGUGCUUAAAAAUGUAUCGCUACAAGUUUCUUGAGGAGGGCAGGAUUGCCAUACCCUCUCCAGAUAAUUAUCACAAGCAGUGUAAAAGAUUCUCCACACCCUCUAUUCAGUGGUUGGCAUACAUAGAGCAGAAGGAAAAGAUAGAUAUUCAGCAUGCUUUGAAGGGUGGGGAAUUUAAAGUUGAAAUCCCCAGAAACCUAAGGUACGUUGAAGAUCUAGCCAAAGAGUAUUAUCUCGAUGGCUAUUCUGUCAUAGAUGGUAAGAAGACAGCCUUUGAGUUUAAUGGAUGCUUUUGGCAUGGCUGUCCCCAGUGUUAUGAUUCACAGGCCCAGCACCGCCUGCUGGCCAAAACAUAUGAAUUUCUUCACAAUGGUACAGAAAGAAAAGCAGCUGUGCUAAAGAAGAUGGGUUUUGAAGUCAGAUCUAUAUGGGAGCAUGAGUGGAAUAACAUCCUAAGAACCUCUGAAGAAGUGCAGAGUUUCAUGGCAGAGCAGCAGUUUCCAGAGCCUCUGCAGCUCAGGGAUGCAUUAUUCGGGGGUAGGACCGGCUGUGUUAGCUUAUAUUACAAAGCAAAGAGGAUGAACAGAUCCAUUAUAGGGAUUUUACCAGCCUGUAUCCUUUUAUUAUGAAACAAAGAGAGUACCCUCUUGGGCAUCCCAAAAUCAUUUAUGAGAACUUUGGACCCCUCUCUGACUAUUUUGGCUUAGCCAAAGUGAAGGUCUACACACCCCGGGGGCUUCCCCCCCCCAUACUAGCCGUCAAGGUGAGUGGAAAACUCAUGUUCCCUCUAUGCAUGACCUGUGCAAUUACUAAACAGUUGGAAGAAUGUGAACACACGAAUGAGCAGCGGGCGCUUACUGGUACAUGGUGUACAGUCGAACUGAUGGAGGCUAUGGCCAGGGGGUAUAACGUUGUGAAGAUCUAUGAGGUGUGGCAUUUUGAAGAAAAAUCUGACAAACUCUUCACAGGUUAUAUCAAUACCUUUCUCAGGCAGAAGCAGGAAGCAUCGGGGUUUCCCCAGUGGUGUGUUAGUGCGGAGGAUAAAGAGAAAUACAUCCGCGAUUACCAUAAAAGAGAAGGAGUGCUCUUGCGCCAUGAUCAGAUUGAUGUCAACCCCACAAAGCGUCAAAUUGACAAAUUGUUUUUAAAUUCUUUGUGGGGUAAGUUUGCUCAGAGAACAAACCUGCCUAACACAUCCAUUCUGAGGGACCCUGAUAAGUUUUUUCACUAUCUGUUUUCAAAUAAGUAUGAGGUUUCAAUGUGUGCGUUUAUUGAUGAUGACGUAUGCUGUGUUUGUUGGAAACAUACCCAAGACCGCAUAACAACCUCAGGUACAACCAAUGUUUUCCUAGCCUGUUUUACAACAGCCUAUGGCCAUCUAGAAUUGUACCAACUGUUACACAAACUGCAAGACCGCUGCUUAUACCAUGAUACACAUUCUGUGAUAUUUGUAAGCCAUGAAGGUUUGUACAACCCUCCCCUCGGUGAUUUUUUAGGGGAGCUGACAAGCGAGCUGCCCUCAGAUCAACACAUCACUGAGUUCGUGAGCACCGGUCCUAAAUCUUACAGGUACAAGCUGACUGGGGGUGAUACCUGUGUAAAAGUCAAAGGAAUAACUUUGAAUUAUGCGAAUAAUCAAAAAUUAAUUUUGACACUCUCAAAGAUCUUGUCUUUGCCUACACUGCUGGUGAGGACCCUCAGCAUGAGAUUGUAGUGGAACAGAAAGGUAUAGUAAGGAACAAAAAGCAGUGGACACUCGAAACAAAAACUCUAAGGAAAACACAGAGGGUUGUUUUUGACAAACGUGUCAUUGUUAACGGGUUUAAAACAGUGCCUUACGGUUUUUAAAUGGAUACCCGCUGGCAGCACCCCUUCUCAGCCAUUCUGGCUGGCCCUAGUAACUGUGGCAAAAGUUUUUUUUUAAUAAAAAAACAUGUUGGACAAUGCUCACACUGUCCUAUCUGUUGUUCCUGAUAAAAUUGUAUGGUGUUAUGCCUGUUGGCAGCCUCUGUAUAAAGAACUGUUCUGUAAAUAUCCAAUCAUUACCUUUGUGGAGGGAAUACCCUUGCAGCUGACAGAUGAUGAGCUGUUACCCCCCAAUAAAAACUGCUUUCUUGUA